AUGUGUAUAAUUGACCCUGCUUCCAUCACUUUAUGUGCUUCCUUGAGUUGCGCAGCCAUUGGUACGACUUACCUGAUAAGUAACGUAAAAAAAAUACCACACCCGUCCGAAUGCGGUUGUAUAGGACGCUUUUAUCGCAUGACAGGGGCCCACUCCCACGAUCCCUUGGACUUAAUCUUUGAAUUCCACGAAGCAGUAGACUUUCUCGAAAACGGGAAGUAUUUUCUGGAAGUUACCUCCGGAAGGUUUAAGUAUCGCACUCAGCCGGUUAAUGUGAGACACGGAGAAAAGUUGAACGUUCACGUCAGGCAAUGUGACGACUUCGUGACCAUCGAACUGCACCAAAAGCACAUUGCUAGGACUUCUGAACACGGAACACUUCGAAUAUCAGUGCUUGAUGAGAUUUUAUCUGGGAGGCCUCCAAAAAAAAGGAAGUACACAUUGAUACAUAAAGAUCAAGCGUCCACUAAACUAACGCUUUCGAUUUAUAAAAUGGACUCCAACAUCGCAACAAUGAACCUAACUCCUUUGACCCUGCAAGUAUUAAUCCAGGCUCAACAGGAGGGAAAUAUAAUGGAGGAAGAUAUGUUAAACAGUCUGGAUGAAAUGGAGGACACUGAGAAGUUGAAGUACUUCUCAAAAGUCAUUACAGGGCCCUUGAGGAAAAUGAACUCCGUUAAGACUGGAUACACCGAGUAUUUUUUCAAGCCUUUUGAGGUAUCUCCUGGCUGCUGGGACUGGUGUUUUUGGGAAUCAAUAGAGAAAUAUAAAGCUGGUGAUAAACAGGAUGGGAACAUCUCAUUUUUAUCAAUCAGUCUCGUGACUCCUGAUACGUCAAAUAGAAAAAGGUUCUUGCUGAGAUACCACACUCGCAACGGCCCCUUACAAAUAUUGUUCAAAACUGUGGACAGGGACAGGGAUAUUUGGAUCGACGGAUUAAAAGAGUUUAUCCAAAAGGCUACUGAGGUUUUUCACGCCAAUCCUACCUUUAAAAUAUUGAAAAAGAAAAAUAAAGCGGUCGUCGUUACUAAGGACUUGGAUCCGUCCCCUAAAUACGAAGAUGUGCAUCGUUUACGGCUAAAAGAUAAACAGUACAAUUUAAAUGACGACGUUUUUUAUGAAAACGAGGAUGAUUCUGGCGGUAAUGAAAAUAAAAACCGCGGAAUACACACCGUUCCCAGUCCACUUUCAGCUGGGCUUUCGGAGGUGGCCAAAUUCAAAAAGAAUCUACAAAUAAUGGAAUCCAACAUGUACCGACCGACUUAG